UGCAGCCGCAGGCCAACGCGGGCGCCGCCUUCAGCACCAGCAGCAUCAGCGGGAAGUUCCAAGGCACUAUCUGCAGCAGCAGCAGCAGCAGCAGCAGCAGCAGCAGCAGCAGCAGCAGCAGCAGCAGCAGCAGCAGCAGCAGCAGCAGCAGCAGCAGCAGCAGCAGCAGCAGCAGCAGCAGCAGCAGCAGCAGCAGCAGCAGCAGCAGCAGGGGUGGGGUGGAGGCGGGAGCGUUUGCGCGGAACGCUCCGGUGUAUGUAAACCUGGAGUGUAUGUGCAGCUCAGGUCUCACGGCCGCGACGACUCCGACGGGUUCUCUGCGAGUGUGGCAGGAGAUUUUAUUUUUGUCGCGAACUGGAAUGUAAGCCCCGCCUCUUAUUUUGUCCGCCCAGCCCGCGUAGUAACGCAGCAGCAGCAGCAGCAGCAGCAGCAGCAGCAGCAGCAGCAACAGCAGCAGCAGCAGCAGCAGCAGCAGCAGCAGCAGCAGCAGCAGCAGCAGCAGCAGCAGCAGUGUUACCUGGCGAACUGA